AUGCUCCAAAGGACUAAAACGCGCAUUGAGCAGGGCAUUGUAGAUCGAACUGAAACAGGAAUUCUAGACAAAAAAGAGGGGAAGCAGGCAAAAUCUUUGUUUGAAAAAAUGAAGUUUCGUAUCCAUGUGGAAGAAGGAGAUAUUGUGUACAGGCUGUACAUUCGUCAGACUAUUAUUAAGGUCAUCAAGUUUAUUUUGAUCAUCUGCUACACAGGGUAUUAUGUGCAUGAGAUAAAAUUUAGUGUUGACUGUUUGGUGGACAUUGAAAGCUUGACGCGUUACAGGAAUUAUCGUUGUGCACAUCCCCUGGCGACACUUUUUAAGAUCUUAGCCUGCUUUUACAUUAGCUUAGUGGUUGUGUAUGGCCUAAUUUGCAUGUAUACUCUUUGCUGGAUGCUGCGGCGCCCUCUAAAAAAAAAAUAUUCCUUUGAGUCCAUACGUGAAGAAAGCAGCUAUAGUGACAUACCUGAUGUGAAGAAUGACUUUGCUUUUAUGUUGCACAUGGUUGACCAGUAUGAUCCUCUGUAUUCCGAGCGCUUUGCUGUGUUCCUGUCUGAGGUGAGCGAGAACAAACUGAGGCAGCUCAACCUCAACAACGAGUGGACGUUGGAUAAGCUAAGGCAGAGGAUCACCAAAAAUUUUCAGGACAAACUGGAGUUGCACCUUUUUAUGCUCAGUGGUAUUCCCGACACAGUGUUUGACUUAAUGGAAUUAGAGGUCCUUAAACUGGAGCUUAUUCCAGAUGUAACUAUUCCUCCAAUCGUUGCACAACUCAUCAACCUACGCGAGAUGUGGCUUUACCACACUCCAGCCAAGACUGAGGCCCCUGCACUAGCUUUUCUGCGAAAGAAUUUAAAGUCUUUGCACAUAAAGUUCACUGACAUCAAAGAAAUCCCACUGUGGAUUUACAGUUUGAAGAACCUGAGUGAGCUGCACUUGACGGGGAAUCUCAGCUCGGAGAACAAUCGCUACAUUGUUAUUGAUGGGCUUCGCGAGCUCAAAAGGCUCAAAGUCCUAAGAUUAAAGAGCAAUCAGACAAAGCUACCUCAAGUGGUGACGGAUGUAGGCUUGCACCUCCAGAAGCUGUCCAUCAACAACGAGGGAACCAAGAACAUGGUGCUGAAUAGUCUUAAAAAGAUGGUCAACCUCUCAGAGCUGGAGCUCAUUCGCUGUGAUUUAGAACGCAUCCCACAUUCAAUUUUUAGUUUGCACAAUUUGCAGGAAUUAGAUCUGAAAGACAACAACCUAAAGACUAUAGAGGAGAUCAUCAGUUUUCAGCAUCUUCACCGCCUGGUCUGCCUUAAGCUCUGGUGCAACCAGAUAGCCUACAUCCCUAUCCAGAUCGGAACACUUACCAAUCUGGAGAAACUUUACCUGAACAGGAACAAAAUUGAGAAAAUUCCAAGCCAACUAUUCUACUGCUGCAAGCUGCGCUUCCUGGACCUGAGCCAUAACAACUUCACAAAUAUUCCAGCAGACACUGGCUUCCUCCAAAACCUCCAGUACCUGGCAGUGACCGCAAACAGAAUUGAGAAUCUGCCCAAUGAGCUGUUUCAGUGUAAAAAGCUACGCACUUUGAACUUGGGAAACAAUUGCCUGCACUCUCUGCCCUCACGGUUUGGAGAGCUGAGCGCACUCACACAGCUCGAGCUCCGAGCCAAACGUCUGGAGUGUCUGUCUGUGGAGCUGGGUGAAUGCCGGCAGCUGAAGAGGAGCGGGCUGGUGGUGGAGGAGGACCUCUUCAACACUCUGCCUACUGAGGUCAAAGAGCAGCUGUGGAAGGCUGACAAAGAGCCAGAAUACAGACCACUAACACACAGGUAG